AUGGUUCGACCUGAUAAAGUCAAUAUGCAUCCGCAUGAAAGCAUUCUUCAGCUUAUCUGGAGAUUCUCUACUGUGUCAUCACGUUUCCUAGUUAUUGUUUUAUCGGUGUACUCCUAUGAAUUCAAAGUUAUUCCGCCGCUUUUUCUUCAUUUUCUCAUCUCAUUAGCUCAUAUAAAAGCUUUACAGGCCCUAGACAUAUCCUCACGAGGCCUCGAAGAAGGUCUUACAUUCAUCAACGCAGCUAUCCAUAUUUUCACCCCAUUUAACAUGGCUGAUGGUCCGACACGAUGGCGUUAUGCAGCCGCUUAUACAAUUGAAGCUAUAGAAGCUGUUGUAAGAAUUCAAUUUUUGUUCAGUUGA